AUGACAAGCCGCCGUUUCUUUAUCGGCCCGAUUCCAGAAGGAUGGUUACAUGGACACCGAAAAUCGUGGUUUCGAUCCAGACUCCGCUUCAAGAAUUACACAUCGAAAACACUAUCAUUCUCGAUUGAUCCUGUUACCGCUCAUUACAAUCAGCAGCGCAGUGAUAAUCAGAGCGAGCAUUCGACGGAACCCGGUGUGGACGAUGUCGCCCUCACCAUUACCCACACUAACGAGGAACCAGUUGAGGACGAAGAAGUCCUUGCGGCCGAGACUGAAGAUCCUGAAACACCCUCUGAUCAGCUCCGUGAGAUCGAAGAUCCUGCUGCGGAAGAACUGACGGCGGAAACGGACACAGAGGAUGAAAGAGAGCACAGUCCCCACGAGGGAGACGAAGAGGAUGAUGACGAUACUCCGCGCCCGAGUACACGCGCCAGUGCGCAUGAUCAUAGCUUGUAUGACAAAGGAGACGCGUCAUCGUCUUUUGUGACAGCCCGAGAGACUUUUGCCAGUUCUGCAGAUACGGAUCGAGCAUCCACAUCGACAAUUCGACCAAAUCAAGGGCUAGGUGUUUCUGACACACGACCCAAGUCACGCGCGUCCCAAAAUUUGAGUGUUCCUGGACCUAGUAAUGCAAGCCCAUCAGCCAACUCUGCAGCCCCCAGCGAGGCUGAUUCAACAACGGAUCUGUUGAAGAACAGGCCGGAUAACAAGCAGAACGGGAAGAGCUUCAAAGGCCGGAUCAGCCAUAUGAAGUCGGAAAGUAAAGCCUCUGGUAUAUCCCGACUUUCGUUAGAGCCCCAUGGCCCCCAGUAUGCGGAUGGUGAUAAUGAAGAGCCCGAGCAAGAAGUGCGGAAACGACACGUCCAUGGCAGGAUCACCAAGAAAAUGGCCAAACUCAACUUGGAUGACAAUAUUAUGGAUAAGCAACAAAGGCUGCGGUCCCGCAUUGCUAAGACGCACGGUACCAUUUCUGCAAACAGGCCCCAUCGACGGAAGCGCCAGAAGGGCGAGAUUGUCAAAGCUGAAAGAAUGCUGGUGCUCGUGGAAGAGACCUCGAAAGACGCAUUGCCAGCAAACUACGGCGAGAAUGACAGCCUGCGCAUGGAAACCCGGACCGUCGACAGAUGGCGGGAGUACUUAGUUGUUUGCCGAACGAGCUCGCACGAGCAUGCGCCCUUCACUCUCCAGAUGUAUCGCACCCGAGUGAUUCCAGAUGUGCAAAAUCCACGCAGCAGAACGCCGCCUCACUACGAGAUCCGGCUGAGCCACAGAAACACCCAGGUCAAUCUGUAUUCUUCCCUCGACAAGACCAUCGUAGUGUCGCACCCUUGCAAGCGCGGCACCAAAAUCUAUAUUAUUCGGCCCAAGUCGGCGGCUCAUGCAGCUGAGUGGUAUACGUUCAUACGCCAGGUGCUCGGUUGGCGUCGUCCAAGUGACCUGCCUAUCAACAUUCCUGACCUAGGUGUCUCGUUGAUAUUCAAGGACCCUUUCAAGCAUUUAGAAGCUCGUCUAGGGCUAGGACAUACCGACCAGAACCACACGACGAUUCUCAGCCAGCACGCGGCGGAAGAGAAAUUCGCUGCUGCGGCCAUUAUAAGAGGCUGCUUGGACAUGCUUCAAGGGCGUCCCGAAUGGGCGGAAGUGCUUGGAGCGUGGUCCAAGACGGAAAAGAUGGGCCUGGCUUGGAAACGAUACGAUCGUCUCGAAUGGGUCUUUGGAGUGAACGAAGAGAACAUGUAUGGUUCCAUGGCAAUGCUGUCAUCUCAUGAAUUGGAGCUGCGUCCUCGGUAUCACUACCCAACUGCGAUAAAGUCCCCAGGCGACUUAUGUCAUGAGCACAAAGAGGAAGAACCACCGCCAUUGGAGGGGUUUCUCAUUCGACUCACAUCUCAGAGAGGCAUCCACCAGCGGAGAAACAAAAUGUUCUUCAAGCGACUCUACUUCUACACCGAAGACCAUCAUUUGCUGUUCUGUAGACCGGCCAAGGCGCUGCCCCCGCCGCCACCGAAGCUUACCGCUACAGACGAAUCCGAAAUCCCUUCUUACCAGGAUAUCAUCAACAACGCCCCGAUUUGCUUCAACGUUGAUCCAUACCCACUCCAAGAGGGCGAUGUUUCGUGGUUAACAAACGGGAACCCUGAGUAUAUCCAGCGACACGACGAAGAAGCUUAUGCCCAGGCCCAGAGGAAAGCGCAUAAUAUCAGCCAAGCAGAUGGGUACAUUGAUCUCUGCAAAGUGCGAGAAGUACGUCAGGUUCGGUGGGGAAGUAGCUCAGCGGAUCCGAAUAUCGGAGAGGGCCCUUCUGUUGAUUUCCACCCCGAGCCGCGAGACACCCUUCAGGACGAUGGCGCAACAAGGGAAUUUGAUGAUGAUCGGACCUUUGAGAUGGCACUGGACAACGGCCUAGUAAUUCGUCUCCAGGCAUACGAUGCUGGAACUCGUGACGAGUGGAUCAAACGAUUAGAGGCGCUGGUCAACUACUGGAGAAGACGCUGUGCCGACGAUGCAGCUGAGCUCAAGGCCAUUCGGAAACGCAAUCUCCAGCUUCUUGAGAUAGAUGACGAGAUGGAGUCCGUCAUGGGUCAGUUUGCAGAGAAAUGGGAGGUGAAGAAGGCCGAGGCAUCGCCACAUCUGCACAAUAUGUGCCUGCUGUCAGGCUGCCGUACAAUCAAGAUGUCCGGCCAGCUAUACCGCAAACCGCGUCGCCAUACGACUUUCGCACGGUGCCACGUUGUCCUCUCGGACGGUAAACUGAUCAUCUUCCGCCACGGUCUCCGAGGCAGCAAUGGCGUCCAAAUUCCACAUAUCCACCAGGAGCACGAAACAACUAUUGACCUACGGGACUGCUACAUCUACUCCGGCUUAGCGACCGAGUCAGACUUGCUAUACGCCAACCAAACGUUUGAUAGUAAUAACCCCGGUCUCCACGCUCUCCCUCGUGUCUACCUCUCAUCCGACUGCUUCACUAGUCGGGAUGAAGACACGGCCAUCACAUUCGUUGUCUGGCAAUCAAUCCGGAAAGGACUGUUCCGGGCCCAAGAAAAAGACGCACAAGGCGCUGCGAAAACGUCUCUGCGCCAUGUCUCAGCUCUUGGUAAACUUGGCCGGACGAUCGUCUUCAAGGCACGCAGUCGAGUGGAGAAAGACCGUUGGGUCAUGAGUAUAUCUUCAGAGAUCGACCGCUUACAAGAAGAGAACCAUGAGGAUAUUCGGAUUGUUUCUCAGUAG